UACUCCCCGACCCUAAUCCGAAGCCGGGUCGACUCCGCGCGGUAUCCAGGAGACCGCGCAUUGCGAACAUGGCUGCCGUAUAUCCCGCUGACGACGAGUCCGGACCCGGACCGGGGAUGCAGUCACGAGCCUCAGCAUCUCCAAAACUUGUCCGCACUCCGAGCCUCAGCCUGAGCGACACGUUGCACCCAGCCGUUUCGGGCAUGGUGAGCCAGCUGUUCACGCAGUCGCCUGUGCCCCUUAAAUUUGACAAGAACAUCAAGCAGGCCUUUUACAAUACGGGGGCAAUGAUCUUUGUGGCUAUUUGUUGUGGGGCAGCAGUGCUGGUGUAUUUCAUCCUGGAAGCUUUCCUGCGACCGCUGCUCUGGGCCGUCCUCUGUGGGACUUUUCUGCACCCCUUCAAGCACACUCUUGCCCGGGCGGGGAGGAGGUGGCUUGCCGGUCUGCGAGACAGCGGAACUCCGAUUGUGCUCGGCACUUUGCUUUUACCAGUUUGCUUUGUGAACCGUGGCGUGGAAACUCUGGGCGACUUGGUGCUGAGGAGGCUGAAGUUACUGUUUCUUGUAGGGGCCGGCCUGCCGCUUCUCUGCGCCCUGUACUACUGCGGGAGUGUCAUCGGGGUACAAGUGCUACUGAGUCGCGUGAGUGACAUCAUCCAUGCUGCGCUGGACUACUUCACGGCCGUAUGGGUCCUGACUCUAGUUGCUGGCUACAUCCUGGCUGUGUCAUUUAAAUGGACUCAAGGCACCCAAUAUUAUCUUCGGGCCAUUUCUGUGCCAGUCUGGACAGUACUGCUCUUGUAUCUUGCCUCCGUGACUGGAUCUUGGAGAAUCCCCAUCUUCUUUCUGAUUGUGGCUUUAAUGAUAGUUGGCGCGUUUCAGGACAAACAGAGAGCAAAUGGAAAAGGGGGCGAGCUUUCCGGCCAGGUGUUUUCCAUUGCAGCCAACACUAUCAGCAUGGCAAUCUCCUUUAGUCUAUUUGGGGGAACAUCUGGGGAACGUCCUGGUUCCCAACCUGCAGGUUCUCCUAAAAAUAGUGCGUCCCAUCCGGAUGUUUCCUGUUCUCCCUCCUCAUCAAGCAGUCGGUCCAGACCAGAGUUUCGCUUUUCCUUGCAAAAGAAGAACACCAGUGACAUCUAUUUUGUGUUGCUGGUUUGGGCCAUUGUUAUUUUGCAGAUCUGGCUCAAUCUUUGGCUGCUGCAGCUGCUUCCAGUGCCUGUUGCUGUGUGGUUUCUGAAGAAAUUGGUUCUACGCUUUGGACUGCUAAAUUUUGCAGAAAAGACUUUGGUUUCCUGGUGGGAGAUAACAGGAGAGUUUUUAAAAGAGCGACAGGAGGCACUUGUGCCUGGGCCCAUUCAAGGCGUUGGACAUUUCCUCGUAAAAGUUGAUACAAAGCUCUGGCAUUGGCUUAACAAGCAGAUGGUCAUCUGGCUGGAGAGGUCGCUGGACAAACUGAUCAGCAUCUUUAUCAUCUUUCUCUUGGUUAUGGGAACGCUGCUACUGGCCCUGCUGCUCACAGCAAAGGUGCAUGAAGAGAGCGUGCAUAUUAUCCAAGUGACAAGCAACCUCAUCAACGAGACUGUGUCAAACCACCCAGAGUGGGCAAACUGGCUUCCUGAAGCUCAAGUUGUACAAAAAGCCUUGAAUUCAGCAGCUAACAAUGUGUACCAGUAUGGCAGAGAGUGGAUAACACACAAGUUGCACAAAAUUUUAGGGGAGAAGGUGAAUAACACAGCAGUAAUUGAGAAGCAGGUUCUGGAGCUCUGGGACAGAUUAUAUCAGUCCUGGUUUGUAAAGAAUGUCAACCAUUCUGGGAGGCACCGAGGUCACAAGAUGCACAUUCAGAGGCAGAAUAGCUGGCUAGGAGACAUUUUGGACUGGCAAGACAUCGCCUCCUUUGUGCAUGAAAACAUUGAAACAUUUCUUUCUAUUUUAGAGUCGCUGUGGAUCGUCAUGAGCCGAAAUGUCAGUCUUUUGUUCACCACUGCAACAACGCUAUUGACCGUUCUCUUCUACAGCGGAACAGCUUUGCUCAACUUUGCGCUGUCCAUGGUUAUUUUUCUGACCACGCUUUUCUACCUGUUGAGUUCCAGUGGAGAAUAUUAUAAACCAGUCAAGUGGGUCAUCAGUCUAACGCCUUUGUCACAACCUGGACCAUCGUCCAACAUUGUGGGCCAAUCAGUUGAGGAAGCUAUAAGAGGUGUUUUUGAUGCAUCAUUGAAGAUGGCUGGAUUUUAUGGGCUGUACACAUGGCUGACCCACACAGUGUUUGGAAUCAAUAUUGUGUUCAUUCCAGCAGCUUUAGCAGCUAUCCUUGGUGCUGUGCCAUUCCUGGGAACCUAUUGGGCAGCACUGCCAGCUGUGUUGGACCUCUGGUUCGUACAAGGAGAAAGUGUCCUGGCACUGCUGCUCCUGGUGUGCCACUUGCUGCCAACCUACUUUGUAGAUACAGCCAUCUAUUCAGACAUCUCAGGAGGUGGGCACCCUUAUCUGACGGGUCUGGCAGUUGCAGGUGGGGCCUACUAUCUAGGCUUUGAAGGAGCCAUAAUUGGGCCCAUCCUGCUUUGUAUCCUAGUGGUGGCUUCCAACAUCUACAGUGCUAUGCUGAUGAGCCCGAACAGUGUGCAGACGACACCAUUGCAGGGCCCGUGGCCUACACAAGCACAAAGGUCUUUUGCCGACACAACUGACGAGCUGAAAAGUGGAGUUGAGUAGAUUGUGACUCCUUUUCUUUCGUGUAAUGGAAGUGGUGGCCUGCGUGGCCAUGCCCAGAUGCCUGCCUGGGGCCUUAUUUCCUGCUUCAACACACACAAGCGGUGGACCGCUCUGGUGGUCCUGACUUGGUUUUUGUACUUAGGCUGGCCUUAGAACUUGCACACCUUGUGCCUCAAACAUUGUGCUUUAUUAGUUUUGUUUUUUUAAUUCCCCUGACUUGGGCCUUUUUUCCUACCUGUGAUGGUGACCCAGGCAGGACAGGACACAGCGUGAAGCCAUCAGUCCAGCUCAACAGGUGAUCACAAUUGAGCAAAUGUCAUUCAAAGAUCAGGAACAAUUAACAAACAGCAAGUUUUACUGCGAGUCCUGCAUUUUUGAAACUGCAGAGAGAGGAUGCCAGAUCAUUCUUGUCCGUUUUCAUCCUGCUGUGGCCUCAUGUGUCGCCGUUCCUUUGAGUUAUUGAUUCUGUGAUUGCACUGAGGCCGAGUGUCAGGGUCACUUAGGUGCUCUACCUAGCUGCUGAAUAGCAAAGUGACAGGAAAACAAAUUAAAAUAAUCAACACAUAAAAAGACAAAGCCAAAAUGCAACAAACAAAUCAGUAAGGGAGUUUAGUGGAGGAGCGGUAACUGACAAAAAACGCUGAUGAAGGUGAGAGCUCUUUGUGUGGUGCAGCACUUCUGCUGCUGCUUGUGUAAUCUUAAACACAGAUUAGUGUCCUAAUGCCAGACGCUGUAGGUGACCAGUCUGUGGAAGACUUUUCUUCAUCCUUUAAAAUCAUUCACUUCGUUAUCUUUGCUGGAAUCCUGGAGUUAGUUAUGUCAGAACCACCAGCCUUUUUUCCACCAUUUUACUUUAAAGCACCUCAGAUAUUCAUUUUUGUUCAUAUGAUCUGCAACACACUGUUAGGAGACUUUAGCCAUUCAACAAGGCCCUGCUGCCAGCUGGGACUGUAAUGGCCUGGCCUGGCCUGGCCUGUGGUGUUCAUGUUGUGACAAACCAGUUUGUGUGAAAGUUGUUUUUAAAUAAAGAGUUGAUUGCCUUCACUGCCUCGACCUUCUGCCAGUUGCUAGUUUGAUCCUUUUUUUUUAAAAAACAAUGUGUUAGGUGACAAAUAGGAUACAAGCAUGUAAGGCACCUGCUAAACCACCAUUCUUUAGGCCCGCUAGUCUGUGUACAGUAUAUGGGGGGGGAGAACCCAACACUUCCUAAAAUCAGUCACGUUCACAGGUAUAGCGUGUAAUUAUUGGCCAUGCCACUGGCUCUCCUAUGCCUACAGUCUUGUUAAUCAGUCCACUGCGUUGCAAUGUGCUGAGGUGAUUGUGCAUUUCUGACAUUUUAUUCUGCAGUUGUGCGCUUGGCACACUGUGAUUAUUUUUUUUUUCCUCUUUCUAAAUCAGAUCACAUCGAUUAUCAAGACGACGAUGAUCACGUUUUAAUGCAUUAAUGGACUUGUACCCCCACCCCAGCAGACUGAAUCAGUGACAUUAAAUCCCCCAAAUCUCUACAUUUCAUUCCUUGAGACUCCCCCCAACCCCCCGAAAUUAAAACAGACCGAAGAAAAGACCACAUGCUACCACGUGGGGGGGGGCCGGCCGGGGUGAGGAAAUCACAGGAGUCUCUAAAAACGCCACAGUAACAAACGCUGAGGGCUGGAAAUGUUAACAGGACUGAUAGAAGUGCUGGGACGUCAAGGUGACAAAAAGGGAACUGCUGGAAGUUGUAUAAUAUGUUUGUAUUUACAGCGCUGGGAAUUUUGGGGUUCCCCCAUAUACCAUACUGUACUGUAUGGAUGUUAGUUUACUAUAGAUUCUAUACUCUAAUGUAUUGGCUCCAUUUUAAGAGGCUCUCCUCUUUCAAAAACAGAGUUGGAGGAAAAAUUACUGCGAUAUGCAAGAAUUACAACUAAGCACACUGCUAUACUGGCACCUGCUUCACAAACAUGCAUGAGCUUAACUUGGUGUGUUUGUGUAGCCUCAGAAGGACUUUGGACACAUGAAAAUGAAAUAGUGUGUGAACCUUGAAUUUAAGAAGCGCCCUUUUUAUGUUUUUUAAAUAAACAUGUAGAAAGUGUCAAAUUGGAAACCGUGCAGAACGUACAACAGACAGUAUGUAGACAGCGACACUGCCUAGCAGGCCUCAAGAAUGCAGGUGUAUGCAUACGUAUCUGUCAAAAAAUAAGAAUGCAGAAUGCAAUGUGCCACUGCUAAAAAUUCAGAUUUCAGCCCACAAGAUGGCAGGCCCAGUCACUUCAUGGUUUUAUCAAGAGACACUAACAUGUUUACAGUCACAGUCUCAUUAUAAUUUACACCAUUCUACCAUGAAUGGAUGCUUGGCUCCAGUGGUUUCUUGACAUUUGUCUCUAGUAUUUUCAGCAUCUUUUUAAACUAUUUUGUGCCAGUGCCAGCAACCAAGGGUUACCUUUUACCAGGACGGUCAUCCCCUAUCGAUUCCAUAAUAGCCCUCCCUGAAAAAGCACAACCAGAGGUUACAGAAUCUGCCCAAGGCCUCAUCUCAGAUUAAUAACGAUUAUUAUAGAUGGUCGAGGAGGUCAACCUUCUAGAGCAAAGCACCAGAAGACACAUGCUGAUCAUGUCAGAGAUGAAGGGCAGUACAUGCAGAUUUUCUGCUUCCCACUGACAUUGACAGGUUUGGCCUUUUUGUUUAUAAGGCUGCAAAAAAAACCACACACACACAAAUGGUGUCAUGGCUUUACAAAUUAGCAGCCCACACAGCUUCACUUGUUUUCUGUCACAGCUUUUUGAAGUUUUACAAGUUCUGCCGCUGUGGAGCGGCCCUGCUGACCUGGAGAUGAAAGCAAUGAGCAACCAGAGGAAGAGAGGGAGCUUAGCAGAUGUGUGCUGCCAAUGUCCACCACAAGAGGGCAGCACCUGGCACUCCUCUGUUAAUCGUUAUUGGAGCAGCCUGUGGAUGUCUAAUCAAAUGCCAUUGAUUUUCUGUUACUUUGCUAAUUUAUUUUUUUUUUAUUCAUGAGAGUUUGAAUAUAAUGCACUGUGUAAAGACUUAUUCAGUAGCUAACCUUGUCAAGAAUGUUUUUGGAAUCUCAAGUAUUUUAAAGUUUCCAUUUGUAUACUAAAAACACCAAUAAAACAUCAGAGAGCAGAGCAGAGUGUGUCUGCAGUGGCUUUUCUCUCUCUCUGUCAAAAUUGG